AUGGCAAGUCUGGUGGUGGUACAACACAAGCAGCCGUCUUCCGCCGUCCUUCAGUCGUCAUUUUCCGACUUCAAUGGCGCCCGACUCGCCGCCUCAGUUCAGUAUAAAAGGAAAAUAUGGCAGCCAAAAGGAGCAUUGUGUGUCACGGCAUCAAGUGCGAAGAAAAUUCUAAUCAUGGGAGGCACCCGAUUUAUUGGUGUAUUUUUGUCCAGACUUCUCGUCAAAGAGGGACAUCAGGUCACUCUGUUCACAAGAGGAAAAGCACCCAUUACCCAGCAAUUGCCUGGUGAAUCAGACACAGAUUUUUCUGAUUUUUCAUCCAAGAUCUUGCACCUGAAGGGAGACAGGAAGGACUUUGAAUUUGUGAAAAGCAGCCUUUCAGCCGAAGGAUUCGAUGUCGUUUAUGAUAUAAAUGGACGAGAAGCAGUUGAAGUAGAGCCCAUAUUGGAUGCAUUACCAAAUCUGGAACAGUACAUCUACUGCUCUUCAGCAGGUGUUUACCUCAAAACUGAUUAUCUACCACAUUUUGAGGUUGACGCAGUAGAUCCAAAGAGCCGACACAAGGGCAAGCUCGAGACAGAGAGCUUGUUGGAAUCACGAGGUGUAAAUUAUACUUCUCUGAGGCCAGUUUACAUCUAUGGGCCAUUGAACUACAAUCCUGUUGAAGAAUGGUUCUUCCACCGGUUAAAAGCAGGUCGCCCUAUUCCAAUUCCCAGUUCAGGAAUGCAAGUAACACAGCUUGGUCAUGUGAAGGAUCUGGCGAAGGCUUUUAUUCAGGUUCUUGGUAAUGAAAAAGCAAGCAAGCAAAUAUUUAACAUCUCCGGUGAGAAAUAUGUUACCUUCGAUGGAUUAGCUAAGGCGUGCGCUAAGGCUGCCGGAUUCCCUGAGCCUGAAAUUAUUCACUACAAUGCCAAGGAGUUCGAUUUUGGUAAAAAGAAACCAUUUCCCUUCCGAGACCAGCACUUCUUUACAUCAAUCGAAAAGGCAAAGAGUGUGCUGGGGUGGAAACCGGAAUUCGACCUAGUCGAAGGUCUUGCAGACUCUUACAACCUAGACUUUGGUCGGGGCACAUUUAGGAAAGAAGCUGAUUUCGAGACAGACGACAUUAUUCUUGGAAAGAGUCUUGUUCUCCAGAGUUAG